UCCUAAUGGCGUUUCAGUUACUUAAAAGCAAAGGAAAGGAUUUGUUUGCAAUUGAACAGCGGAUUAACACCUCACGCCUGCCACUUGCUCGUCGUCUUGCAAGUUGCUGUUCACCUAGCCUUGCACUUGCCAGCGCGUUUUAUACACUUUUAGUCUCUGAUUUCCAAAGACAGCCGUAUCUAAGAUAAAGCGCCAGAUGGGUUAUGGCCGCUCAGCGCCUGGCUAAGGUGCAUUGUACAAUACAGCACCAAAGAAAAGACACAGUUGGCAAAAGGCUUGAGCACCACAUUGUUCCAAUCCACGUUUGUCAUGCUGGAUUGCAUUUGCCGACGGCCAAACCGUCGCCACGGAGCGCGCAAGCUGGCGCAACGCUUAACAACUCUAGGGUAGCUGUAGGUGCACAGCUCAUAGCGACACAUUCGGCAGGGCCGGUCAUCUGGCAGGAUGGCCCAGCCCGCCAAACCGAGGUGCUGCUGGGCCCCCCUAGCUCGCCCCUGCAUAGGCAGCUAGCGGAUAGGGUGCUUACCCAGCCAAACAGCUCCCCAGCCCAUGGCUCCGAGCUGCCAGACAUAUCAGCAACCCGCCAGCCAUCCGCGCACCUGCCACUCCGCACCCCGCAGCAGCAGCACCUGCCUCCAUCACCGCCCUCCUCCUCCUCCUCUGCCUCUCCUUCUCCGCCCUCGCCUAGCGAAGCCGCUCUUGGCAGUCGACGCCACGUCCGCAGCCGCACCCUGCCAGCUGCUUUCCCACCCUCCGCGGCCCAGCCCCCACAUGCAACCACCAGCCCCCGACGGCAUGACGCACUGCUCUCCAAAGUCACGGAAGCCACCAACUGGUACGAACUGCGUGCCGUACUACUCACCAAUGCCGCUGGCCCUAGAGGCGGUUUCGGAGGCGGUUUCGGAGGCGCCUCCGCCUCCACAGAUCCCAAACUGCUCCUUGCGGUACUUCGGCGGUUAGCCACCAUUGCCCGGUACGACAUGCUGCCGCCCGAAGCCGCCGACUUUUCCGCCUUCCUGGGCCGCUGGCUGCUGCAGCACACCACCGGCUGUCUGCCGCUCAUGGGCCCAGGCGAGCUCAGCCUCUGCCUGCACUCGCUAGCAAAGUUGUGCCACGGCAUGCCAGCGCCGCCGUCCGCAUGGGCCGCCGCUUGGUUCGCCGCCGCGCAGCCCUACCUGCUGCAGCGGGUCUUCCAGCCCAAGGACAUCGCUCUCAGCCUCUGGGCACUUAGCCGCAUGCAGCUGCGGCUGCCGCCGGCGGCGGUGCAGCUGCUGCUGGCGGCGGCAGAGCCCUUGCUAGGGCGGUUCAACGGCCAGGACGUGGCUAUGAUUGCUCUGGCGCUGUCCGUACUGCAGACGCGGUACGACAAUGCCAUGACGUCAUCACCGCCGUUGUCGUACUCGCAUGCAGUACCAACAUCACCUAGGCUUCCGUCGCUGAUGCCCAGUGCAACCUGGCGGCAACGCUUCCUGGCACGUUGCAUGGAAGUCCUCCCGGGGUGCGGCUCUCAGGCGCUUGCGAACAUGUUGCAUGGCGUGGUGCGGUCGGGCCUCAGGCCGCCGGAGGGGCUGGUGUACGGCAUCUGCACGGCGUUGUACGACAAGUUGCCGGAGUGUACGCCGCAGGCGUUGGCUAAUGUGCUAUCUGCGCUGGAGGAGCAGCAGUUCGUGCCGGAUGCUGCAUGGUUGGAGCGGUUCUGGCUGGAGAGCGGUGACCGCAUGGAGGGGCAUGGGCUCAACUGGGGUCCCGACUUCCGCAGUCCUGGUGACAGAUGCGCCGAUGGGGUGGAUGAUGGAGGCAGCAGCAGCGGCGGCUGCGGCUGCGGCGGUGGCAAUGGCAGGGGCGGAGGCGCAUGGCAGGGGAGGAGGGGCUGGUGUAACUUGGAUGACCUGACGCAUCUGGGGUCGGCCGCGGCGCAGCUGGCCUUGGUGCCGCCGCGGUGGUGGGUGGUGCGGUUGUACAGCGCCAUGGAGCUGCGUGUGGGGCGAGCCAGGCCCCGGCAGCUGGCGCAGAUGCUGCAGGCGGUGGCUCAGCUUUCACGCUUGACGUCCACAGCAGCGGCAGCAGCAGGGUUAGGGGCAGCAGCGCCGGCAGGAGCAGGAGGGACAGCAGCUGAGGGUUCAGACAGGGAGCAUGGAGGGUCAUCAGGCUUUCCCCGUGUCUCUAGUGACGUGGCCAUCAGCGAGACAGCGAGGACGUGCGAGCAUGACCCCGACGGCCGCUCUACCCGCCUUCCGGACUCUGGCGCACCCUCCGUACCCGCACCCUGGUCCGCGCACAGCCCGGCAGCGGCUGGCAUGCCGCCUCCUGGCCCCCCUCGUUCCCUCAUCACCGCCUGGCACCGCGCCGCCGCCGCCGCGCUACCCGGCUUCAACGCUAUCGAUGCGGCGCACAGCCUCUGGGCGCUGGCAACGCUGCGGGAGCGGCCUCCGCAGCCCUGGCUGCAGGGCCUGGUGGUGCAGUGCCGCGGGGGGCUAGGCAGCCUGCCGCCUGCGGAGCUGGCGCUGCUGCUGUGGUCGCUUGCAGCGCUGCGGUUCCGACCCACAUGGUCCUGGCUGGCGGACGCGCUCGCGGCCAGCAUGCCGGCUCUGCAUGGCAUGAGCGGCCAGGACUUUGCCAUGUUGACUGCAGCGGCGGCGGCACUGGGUGCGCGACCCAGUGGCGCGUGGAGUACGGCAACCCUGGCGGCGCUGCGGCCGAGGCUGGGGUCGCUGCAGACGCGCGCGCUUGCGAACACGGCGCGGGCGCUGUACCGGUUGAGGGUGCAGCCGGAGCCGGAGUGGCUGGAGGCGCUGGCGGGGGAGCUGGUACGGCGCUGGCAGCGGCUGGCGGCGCAGGCGGCCGGGGGAAGUCGAGGGGACGGGGACGGGGGCAGGGGUGAGCUGCGGAGCGCGGUGUUGCUGCUGUGGGUGAUGAGUAAAUGGCUGGGGCCGCAGAGGGAGCGCAUGCGGCGGCCGGGCGGUGUGGGCGGUCAGCGAUUGCUGCGGCUGCGACGAAGGCUGCGAGGCAGCACGCUGCAGGCUGCCGCUGGAACGGGUGCUGCAGCUCCGGAUGCCGCGCCGGAUGCUGUGGUCAGCAGCCUCGGGCGUCGCAGACGAGCGGUACGUCCCGGCAACCUGGUAGCCUCGUUCGGCGGCGAUGUCCAGGCUGCCGCUGCCUUCCGCCGUCGGAUCGCGGACAUGUUGCUAGGCCCAGCCAUGGACGCCUCUCAGCCCUACCUAGCUGCCGGUGCCGCCUCCGCACUAGACGCAAUCCUAAUGGCGGCGGUGAUGACGUCAGCGCACCACUCGGCGCGUCAGGCAGCGGCGUCGCGGCCGCAAUGGGUCGCAGCCCUCUUGGCGGCGACGGCUCCGCAGCUGGGCGGGCUGUCACCACAUGGGCUCCAGCUGCUGCUCAGCGGGCUGCAUGCGGUGCAAGUAGAGGUAGAUGCGGGCUGGGCGGCUGCAUGUGCGCGUGCGGUGACUGCACAUGUGUCGGGACCGCUGCCGGCGGCCUCUAAGGUGGCGUUGUUGCAGCGGCUGUGCAGCUUGGAGCCCACCUCGGCUGAAAAUGCAAUGGGAAGGAUGGGCGGUGUGAGCCGGGCAGCUGCGGGAGCCGCACGGCGACGCGAGCUACCAGCGCAGGUGCCGCUUCAGGAGGAGAGCGGAGGAGGGAAACUGCCGUCUUGCAUGCCCCACGGGGCAAGAGAAGGAAGCGCGGUUGGGCGGGGACAGAGGCGGGGCAGCUGGAGGGGUUGCAGGGUGUUGGAGCAGCAGCAGCGGCGACGACGGCAGCGGUUGUGGGGUCCUGUGGUGGCAGCAGGCCUCUGGUCCAUGUGCCGAGCUAGUGACGCAUCGGGGCCGCUACUGAAGCUGCAUCUGGAGCUGCUGAAGGCAAAAGUGCGGCUGAAGAGGCUGCUGCUGGCAAGCGCUGCGGCGGGAGGCGCCGGCGCCGGUGCUGCCCCGACGGGACGGCGGCUUGCUGCAGCGGCGGCGGCUUCAGUCGCGGACACCGCUGCUGCGGCACUCGGGCCCGCGGCCGGAGCCGCAGCCUUGGACGUGCGGGCCCUUACGGCCGCGGCAAGCAAGGUGCGUAACACCGUGAUGCAUGCGGCGUUACGGCGGGGUCCUAGCCAGUGGCAGCAGCAGCCGCAGCAGCGGCGGCGAGGGCGAGGAAUUCUGGGGCGCAUGCCGCACAUCCCCCGGGCGCAGCGGGUUUGGAUCUGGGGCCGAGCUCGUCGCAGCACCGCCACCAUGCUGGCGGAGUCCUCGCCCGUGCUCGUAGCCAAGCUCGUGGUGCUUACCUCGGAGUUCUGGACGGCAGGCGACCACCAGACCUGGCCCCCAGCUGCUGCUGCCGCCGCCGCUCCCAUGAUGCCCCCGGUAGCCUUUGCCGGUGGUGACGGCGUCGGCGCAAAAGAUACGGCAACACAUGUGGCGACCUCCGGGCUCCCAGUGUUGACGGAGCUGAGCUGUAGGCACAAGUCGCUGUUAUGGCUAGCGGGUGCAACCAGCAGCUGCUGGCGGUUCAUGCUGCGUUGCCAUCGGGCCCAAGUGGCACGUGCAUGGAGGCGUAUCUUGCAGCGCCUGGCAGCUGAGGGGCCCCUGGGGCAUGCGGUGGGACAGGAGGUGGAGGCACGGCUGCCCCAGCAGCUGGCGGCGGUGAAACGGCGCUGCCAUAGGAGGGCUAAUGUGGAUGCGGGAAGCACCGGUGAACUCGACGAAGAGGGCAGCAGUGGCAAGCAGGGAUGGCAGGGGACCAGAGGAGAGGCGGCGGUUGGAAGCAUGGGGUUGGAUGCAGAAAUGGCUGCAGCGUAGUCUCUUGAUGCUAGGUAUGUGCUUUGAGUGGGAGAGGCUUGUUGGUUGCGAUGUCUACAGGGGCAGGAAAGCAGGUCAGCUUUACUAUAAUCGACUGGGUAUGCGGCCAAGCCGAGGUGCUACGUUAGGGACUAGGGGUUGCUUAACAGGACCUUACACACCAUGGAAACAUAACAUAAACAAUGUGCCUUUUGUGAUGUCAUAACGUUAAGGCCGGGGCUCAUGCUACAAAGCAUGCUUCUUACAGCCACGUCGGCAAGGUAUUCUGUCACAACGGGUUUCCUGGUGCCAGAAGCAGCCCUCAAGGUUCCACGAGACUUGGGGUUGCACAAGACUGAGGGUGACGACAGCUGUUGUCCCAGCAGCCACUCAGGGGCCCAAUGCAGCGACCUUGCCGUACCGUUGCGCUGCCUUGUCAACGUGUCGUACGUGUCGCUGUGCUGCCAUGCAAGCAUACUGGUAAAUGUAUGGCCUUCUGCAAGGACCCAGUUGGCUCAGGAUGCGUCAUGUAGGAGUACAUGUAGGGGUGCACAAUCCCUUGUGACCAGCUAGAUAGGGAGAAAAGGAUGUAGUCCGGAUGCGAAAUGUCUACUAAGGGGAAGGGUGCUGGUGCUUGGGGCCACCUUCCUCGCGGGAGACGCCGUCAAGGCAGAAACCGUGUACAGUGAAGCACAC